CCUGAGCCAAUGGUGCGCGUCGUUUCUAUGGUUCCCGCCGGAAGGACGCCUCGGCGUCUCUGCGGUGAGCGCUGUUGCUAUGACGCCCGGGCCUGGGUAGGCACCUGCCUCUGGCCGCUGAGCAGCGGUGGAGCCGAGUGAGCCGGGACCCUCACGGCACUCUCCGAAAGACAGUUUCCGGCCUGGUUCCCGCGGCUCCGCCUCAGCCCCAAGGAAGAAAGCGCCUUUUCUGCGUUCCUUUUCAGCAUUCCAGGUCUUUCCCGCUUCUCUCACCCGUGUGGCCCGAAACCGGAGGAGAGCCUCUCCUGGCUCUGCCUUUGUUGUGGCGGGCUGGAGUGAUUCUGCCUGAAGAAGGAUUCGCCCGUCCGCAGGGACCCAACCGCCACAGCCUUUAGAAUUAGGCUGUCUGUCUUAUUUAGAGAGGGCUUGGAACCCGUCAGUUAGGUGGGCGCUCCUUUUCUCACUGCCCAAGCGAAGACUCAGCCCUGCACAGACCACUGCGCCUGACGGGCCUGGCCCGAGUCCUCCGAGCCACGGCUUCCCCAGGUCGUAGGCUUGUGAACAAAGAACUGCCGUUUUCUGCUUGUUCGUCCUAUGUUCAUCAUGCAGAAUCUUAAUUGCCGAUGAAGCUCUGCAGAGGCCUUUGGUAUCUUCAGCAUCCGACGUCAUCAAGGACAACUUCAGAUAAAAUAUGUAUUUCACCAUCUCGAGAAAGGAGGGGUUGAAUCCUUUGUUGCUACAGAAGAACCACUCUCUUUUAUUUGGUGCUUAUUCGAGAACAGUGAAGACGGGCUGAGCACUGCUACCAGAAAUUUAGAAGAACUUACAGUGAAGUACAUGGAAGAAAUGAAAGAAGUGGAAAAGUAUGCAAACCAUGUCCAUAACUUAACAGAGGAAAAAGAAGCAUUUUCUCACGGUCGUGAAAAGGAAAACAAACAGCAUAGACAUGUGGUUAAAGAGCUCCAACCCAAACAGGAAGUGCAAAUAAAAGAGAUUGAAGAAAUGUUGUAUCAAGAGGGCUUAUCCGAAAUAGCUCUGAGCAGCCCCAGUGAACAGAUUACAUACUUACUGGUAGAAAGAAAACACUCUUGAGGAAACUGGAAACUGAGGGCUCCAAGCCAGAGUCACAAAGACGUAUGACCAGUAACCUACAGAAAGGACUUGCCCAGGAGAAACUUGAACAAAUCCACCAGCCUCUGCAAAGAGAACAUGAGAAAUAUCAGGAACCUGUGCAGCAAUCUGAAAAAAAUCUGAGUGAGUCCCGUAAUGAAGACCUGGAAAAAGAUAAAACUUCACAAAACUGCCUGGAGAGAAGUGCGGAACAAGCAGCGGAGAGGUGAAGGAUGGCCCAGGAAGAGAUCCGAAGGCUCACUGAUGAGCUACAAGGGAGGGAGAAAGAACAGAGUAAAUUAGAUUCUGCCCUUGAGAAGGCUCAGCUAGAAAUUGAGAAACUGAAAGAAAAUUUGACAAAACUGAAAGAAAAUGAUUCUGUUGACCUACAGAAAGCAAGGGAACAUAAUCAGAGACUGGAUGAGGAAAUUCUGACUUUAAGAAAUCGAGUUCGAUCACUGGACUCAGAAAAAAAAGUGCUUGAAGAAGUGGUUGGAAGACUUAAAGGAGAGAUUUAUGAAUCUCAAGAGAAUAAACAACUUGGAAACCACUCCCAUGGGAAAACUGUGGGUGCUGAACAGAAAGAACAAAUUUUGAAAAUGAGCCAAGAAAAAAUUGAAAUAUUUGAAAGUGAGUCAUCAGAAGAAAGCAGAAGGCAAUUGACAUCUGAUUUUAAUAUUAUACAGAAGACUUUGAAAGUUGAAAGUGAGUAUCCAUCAUCUGGAGAAAAACUGAAAUACCAGCGGCAAGAGGAUGUACAACAGCUUCAUCAGAAUUUUCACCGGCUCCAGAUUCUGUGCAACUCAGCUGAAAAAGAGCUCCGGUAUGAUCGAGGAAAGAACUUGGACUUGAAACAGCAUAAUAGUUUACUUCAGGAAGAAAGCAUUAAGAUCAAAACUGAACUAAAGCAGGCCCAGCAGAAGUUAUUAGAUAGCACAAAGAUGUGCUCUUCACUCACAGCAGAAUGGAAGCACCGUCAGCAGAAAAUCAGGGAACUGGAGCUGGAGGGACUCAAACAGGCUCAGAGCAUUAAAUCACAGAACAACCUGCAGGAAAAGCUGGCUCAGGAGAAAUCAAAAGUUGCCGAUGCAGAGGCAAAGAUUUUAGAUCUGCAGCAGAAAUUAGAACAUGCUCAAAAAGUCUGUCUCUCUGACACUUGUAUUUUGGGGAAGAAGCAACUAGAGGAAAAGAUAAAAGAAGCACUGGAAAAUGAAGCUAAAACAAAGCAAAAAUAUCAGGAAGAACAGCACAAGAGGGAACUCUUGGAUCAGAAUGUAAAAGAGCUACAAAAGCAAGUGAGAAUCUUACAAGAUAAAGGGAAUCAACUGGAAAUAACCUGUUCUCAGCAACAAUCCAGAAUCCAGCAACAGGAGGCCCAACUUAAACAACUGGAAGAUGAAAAAAGAAAAUCGGAAGAGCAUCUCAAAAGCAACCAAGAAUUAUCAGAAAAGAUAUCUGCGUUGCAGCAAGAGAAGAAAGCGCUCUAUGAAGAAUAUGGGCAAUUUUUGAACCAGCUUGAUGUCCAUGUGAGGAGCUAUGACAAGAAACAUUACCAUUACAAAGUCAAGCUUCGCAGAGUUAAGGACCGUUUAAUUCAUGAAGUAGAACUACGAGAUGAGAGAAUUGAACAACUGGAAAAUGAAAUCAGAGGUCUGCGUCAGCAAAGGGAAAUAGAGAAGGCAUUCCAGGAAGAGGUCAGUGCUCAAAAUGAUAUACUGCUCCUAGAGAAAAGGAAACUUCUGGAACAACUAGAGCAAGAAGACUUAAUCCACAGCAACAAAUGGGUAAUAUCUUCAGUCCAGAACAGAGUUCUUCUUCUGGAUAAAGAAAAGAGGCAAUUGCAGGACACCACUUGCCAUCUUACACAGCAGGUUGGCCUCUUAGAGCGUAUCAUAAGGAGCAUCCGGAUUCACAGAGAGGAGACAAACAUCGCUGAAUUGGAAUCAUUGAAUAAAAUCUUGCCCUUACCAAACCCCAGUUUUUCAGGAACAGGUUUGGUAGAGUCGGUUGGAAGUCUUCAAGAGAUUAAAGAACAUAUAUCAGAAGCAGCAACGGCAAACCCCAAGUCUCCCGAGUCUCUUUCGUGUUCACAGAAUUCUGAAGCUGGAUACAUGAGCGUGGCUUUUCUGAAAGAGACACACUGUAUCCAAGAACAAGACCAAAAGUCAGAACUAUAAAAUCACUGAUGGCUAAGACUAGAUGGAUCAAAGCUGCUAACUUAAAGCUUGGGCGUGAGGGUAGAACAUGACAUGGAGAAGAGUUACCUACCAUGGAUCCUCAUUGGACGUCAACCAGGAGUCUUCAGAAUUGCUGAUAAAUUCAUUAAACCAGUUUUAAAAAUGGAUUUCUCAAGUUUGUUUGAUAUCCUCAAAUAUCCUUGUAUUGAUCAGUAAUAGUGACUUAAGUUCAAUGGUUUAAUUAGGGGUCUUUUCAGCAGAGCACAUAUAUAUCUAAUUCAGCACUUUCCCCCUAUUAUCAUGGGUAUUAUUUAUUUUUUAAAAGUAAAAACAAUGUAAUUGUAUUAAAGCGAGUACUUUAAAAAAGAAAAAGAAAUCUAUAAUCCUGCAUUCUCAAGACAACUAUUUUCAUUUAUUCCUUUUUGGUUCUUAUUCAAAUGCAUAUACUUUUAAGUGGUUGUUAUAUUGUGUGUUCAUUUUCACAGCCUGAUUUUUAGUUUGGUAUACCAUAGAACAUUUUUCUGUAUUUCAAUAGUCUUCAUAAUUAUUCUUUCAGUAGCCACAUAAUAUUCUAUCAUGUUGAUGUUCUAUAAAUUCUCUCGUUUGCAUUUAAGUUGUUUCUACUUUUUCACUAUUUGAGGUUAUGCUGUGGUGAAAGUCUUUGUGAAUUAGCUCUUUUUUUCUCUUGAGUUACUCCAGAAAAGAUUGGCAUAAUUGGGUCAGAAAUACAAAUGUUAUAUAGUUUUGGUAUAUCACUUGUUGUGUUGCUUUAAAAAAAAAAGUUGUGUCAACAUAAUGUUUCUAUAGUGAACCUCUUUAUUUUUUUCUUUUCUUUUCCCCCUUUUUUUUUAAAUUAAGUAGUCUCCACACCCAGCAUGGAACCCAAUGUGGGGCUUGAAUUCAUGACACUGAGAUCAAGACCUGAGCUGAGAUCGAGUGGGAUGCUUAACCAACUGAGUCACCCAGGCGCCCCUAUAGUCAACCUCUUUAAGCCUCAAUUUCUUGGUCCAUAAAAUGGGAACAGUAGUCGUUCCUGUCCCAUAGAUCUGUCCCAUAGAGUUGUGAGGACCAAAUGAAAUGAAAUGUGUAUUUAGAACUUAGUAGCUGCUUAACAAAAGCUAGGUAUCAUCAUUUCUUUUCUUUUCUUUUUUUUUUAAAGAUUGUAUUUACUUAUUUGACAGAGAGACACAGCGAGAGAGGGAACACAAGCAUGGGGAGUAGGAGAGGGAGAAACAGGCUUCCCGUGGAAUCAUCAUUUAUUUUCAUCAGCACUUUGUACUAGUUUUUCCACAACCUCAUCAACAUUGGAUAUUACCAAUUUAAAAAAUUUAUUUUAAAAUAGUUGCUAUAAACUAUACUGAGGGGUGAUUCCUGCUGUUCUUUCUUCCCAUCCUUAUUCUCCUCUUCUUUUUUAUUCUUCAAUUGGAGAUAGAGAAGGAGACCAAGGGGAAAGGAAAAGUAACUAAAAAUAAAGACACCUUAAGUUGAAACAUUGAAUUUUUAUAUGUAACCCUUGCUUCCUCAGGUGACUGACCUAGAAAGGAUGAUCAAAGGAUAUAGGACAUAAUAGCUAUGAUAUCAGAUAUAUGCUCUGACUCCAAACCUUGCCCCAGGUCACCUUCUUUCACUAUUGAAUCCCUACUAUGGGCUAUU